ACGCGCUCGGAAGAUUUGCGUGAGGAGUUCUCCAAGUUUGGUCCCAUCAAGGACGUCUACCUUCCCGUGGAUCGCGAGUCGCAGCGUCCUCGUGGUUUUGGUUUCGUGACCUUUGAGGAGCAGCGCAGUGCUGACGACGCCAUUGCCCAGCUGAACGAGCAGGACUUUAUGGGUCGUCGCAUCCAGGUGAACUUUGCCCGUGCUCGUGGCGCUCCCCGUGGUGGUGGCGGC